GAGCUACUGACACACACACACACACACACACACACACCAACAGAGCUCCCUCUUUUUAAGCUGUUUAAUUUUUUAUAUCGGAAGGACCGGAGGAAGCUGCAGACAUCCAUCCCUCUGGUUUGUUCCUCCCGCUGCAACUCCGGAGUUUUACUGGGAGGAAAAACAAGUUAACAUGACGGAAUGGGAGUGAAUGGGUUGCCAGGGAGCCUGAUCCGAGCGGAGUGAAUGGAGGCAGCAGCAAACUAAACUGAGAAUGGAGGACGGCUUUUCCAGCUACAGCAGCCUGUAUGACACCUCAUCGCUGCUCCAGUUCUGCAACGACGACAGCGCGUCGGCAGCCAGCAGCAUGGAGGUGACGGACCGCAUCGCCUCCCUGGAGCAGCGGGUCCAGAUGCAGGAGGAUGAGAUCCAGCUGCUCAAGUCCGCUCUGGCCGACGUGGUUCGGAGGCUGAACCACUCGGAGGAGCAGCAGGCCAUGGGGUCGCGCAGAGGACCCACCAAAGAGCCCACUAAGAUGAGAAAAUCUCCAUCAGCAGACAGCAGUUUUGGCAAGUCAGCCAGGCCUCUGAUCGCCACUCUGCCGCUGCGGCCCACGGUCAACAACGGGACCGUCCUGCCGAAGAAAGGCAGCAGCACCCUGCCCUCCCCGUCUGGACCCGGGACCAGGAAGGACGCCGGCCCGGCUGCCAACAAGAGAAUUUUGACCCUCAGCACUGUGAGGAGAGCCAACUCUAACGAACACGUGGGGACUCUCACUCGCAAGGAUUCGGGCGACUCCAAGGGGAACCGAACCCGGGCCGGGUCAACAGGCAGCAACUCCAGCGGCAAGAGGAGCGACAGCAAACAGAGGGAUCCAGUGUUCAAUGCAGGGAUGCGACGUGUGACCCACUGCAAAGAGGAAGGUUAUGUGAAGAUGUUCUUGAAGGGUCGACCCGUCACCAUGUUCAUGCCUAAGGACCAAGUGGACAGCUACAGCCUGGAGGCCCGAGGCGAGCUGCCCAGCAACAAGCUCAAACUGGACUGGGUCUACGGUUACCGCGGCAGAGACUGUCGCUCCAACCUGUACCUGCUUCCUACUGGAGAGACGGUGUAUUUCAUUGCCUCCGUGGUCGUUCUGUUCAACGUGGACGAACAGCUGCAGAGACACUACACAGGACACACGGACGACAUCAAGUGUUUGGCCAUCCACCCUGAUAAAAUUACGAUUGCGACUGGGCAGGUGGCAGGAACCUCCUCAGACGGAAAACAACUGGCUCCUCACGUCCGCGUGUGGGACUCUGUCAGCCUCAACACGCUCCACGUUCUGGGCGCAGGCUUCUUCGACCGAGCGCUCGUCUGCCUGGCUUUCUCCAAGUCGAAUGGAGGAAACACACUUUGCGUUGUGGAUGACUCCAACGAUCACGUCCUGUCUGUGUGGGACUGGCAGAGAGAGGAGAGGCUCGCUGAAGCAAAGUGCUCCAAUGAGUCGGUGUUUGCUGCAGACUUUCACCCAACUGACAGCAACAUUGUUGUGACUUGUGGAAAGUCUCAUCUCUAUUUCUGGACUCUGGAGAAAGGCAUGCUGGUCAAAAAGCAGGGGUUGUUUGAGAAACAGGAGAAGCCCAAGUUCGUUCUGUGUGUGACCUUUGCUGAAAAUGGCGACGCUAUCACAGGAGACUCUAGUGGAAAUAUCCUGGUGUGGGGAAAAGGCACUAAUCGCAUCAGCCGCGUCAUCCAGGGAGCUCACGAAGGCAGCAUCUUCGCAGUGUGCAUGCUGAGAAACGGCACCCUAGUGUCCGGAGGGAAGGACCGCAGGCUCAUUUCGUGGGACAGCAGCUACCAGCAAAUCCAAACAGUGGAGGUUCUUGAGUUUUUCGGUCCAAUCAGAACCAUAGCAGAGGGCAGAGGGGAGACCGUCCUCAUCGGCACCACCAAGAACUUCGUUCUGCAGGGCAGCUUGGAUGGAGAAUUCAUACCCAUCACUCAGGGUCACACUGACGAGCUGUGGGGUCUGGCUGUUCAUCCCUGGAAACCCCAGUUCCUGACCUGCGGCUAUGACAGGCAGGUCUGUCUGUGGGACGCCAGCAUUCAUCAGCUCAUCUGGACCAAAACCUUGGAGGAUACAGCCCAGUCAGCAGGUUUCCACCCAUCAGGAGCCGUGGUUGCCGUGGGAACCCAGACUGGCAGGUGGCUGGUUCUGGACACGGAUUCGAAGGAUUUAGUUACGGUUCACACAGACGGGAACGAGCAGCUGUCAGUGAUGCGCUACGGCCCAGACUGUAACUUCCUGGCUAUCGGUUCCCAUGACAACUACAUUUACAUCUACGCCGUGGCAGAAAAUGGCAGGAAGUACAGUCGGGUUGGGAAGUGUUCGGGUCACUCCAGUUUCAUCACCCAUUUGGACUGGUCUGUGGACUCCCAGUAUCUGGUCUCAAAUUCAGGCGACUAUGAGAUUCUCUACUGGAUCCCGUCGGUGUGUAAGCAGGUCGUCAGCGUGGAGACCACCAGAGACAUCCAAUGGUUCACUAACACCUGCACUCUGGGCUUUCAGGUGUUUGGGUUGUGGCCCGACGGCUCAGACGGCACCGACAUCAACGCAGCGUGUGCGUCCUACGACAGGAGCCUCCUGGUUACGGGAGAUGAUUUCGGGAAGGUCCAUCUUUUCUCAUACCCAUGUUCACAGUUCAGGGCUCCAGGCCAUGUUUACCGGGGCCACAGCAGCCACGUGACAAAUGUGAGCUUCCUUCAUGACGACAGCUACCUGGUGUCGACCGGCGGGAAGGAUAUGAGCGUCCUGCAGUGGAGGAUAGUCUGAACAGCCGAACCGAACAGAACUGCACUAAAAUGAACCAAACUAAAAAAAACAAAAGACUCCAAAUAAGAAGUGGAUGUGAGUGAUCGGAAGUGGUUGAAAUGCAGAACUUUUCCUUUUUUCUGUUUUUUUUUUAGUCACACUACAUGAACAAAACAAACGGUCCAACAGAACCAAAGGCUCCGACUUUCUGACUGCACUUCCUCAGCGUGGAUGUCCCGGUUCUGCUCUCAGGAUGUUUGUUCGCUGCCAGACAGAACCGAAUGGAGCCGGAGAGCCAAAAAAGCCUGAAAUGUUGGGAUUGUUAUUGUUACUCUUUAAACUUUUAUUUUGUAUUUAACAACUCAGGAAAGCACUAAUGAAGCAAGACUCUUUCCCACUAAACAUAUCAGGAAGAACUUCUGGCAACGGCUUGCAAAAGUAUUGAACUUUUCCACAUGACAACCACAAACUUUGAUGUUUUUUACUUAAUUUUUAUGAAACAGACUAACACAAAGUCGUGCAUAAUUAUGAAAUUGCUGAAACGUUUAAUCAUAAUAAAUAAAUUAUUUAUUAAUUAUUAAUUUAGUACUCAGUUAACCAUUAAUUGCCGUUUGCUGAAAAAAGUAUGUAUUCGAAGCUGUAAUUAAGACAAAAUUGCGCAAAAGAUAAAUAAGUUUUGCAUACAAGAUGAAAAAAAAAACCCUAUAUUGGGUUAAAACUUUUUAAAAGCACCUUUUGCGAUCUAAUUAUAAUUUAUAUAAUCUAAAAAUAAUCAACAGAUUAACUGCACUUCCACAUGUUAACUUUAGGAUUUUAUUUAAUUUUUUUAGCUACAGAUUCAUCCUUUGCAAUCAUGUUACUGCAUUUUAGCCAAUAAAAUUUUCAUUUUCUUACUUAAAAAAUCUACUUAAAUUACUUAUGUAUUUCUAAUACUGCAUAAAAAGGCCUACAUGUAAAAUAUGCAGAAUUUCCCAGUGUUUUUAUCCAAUUAAUCAAUUCAUCUUCAGAACAUUUAAAUUUAUUCAUGCUAAUUGGAAACAUUCUGUUUAGAUUUUUAUUUGUAAAAAAAUACCUUUGGCUUUACAUUUAGGCACUUUUUGUUGGUCUAUCACAUAAAAUUCCUGAAAAAACAUAAAAGUUUGUUGACGUAAAGUGAUUCAAUGUGAAAAAGUUUAAGAUAUAUCAGUGACAUCAUCACAAUAUAACAAAUCAGGUUUCAG